AUGGACCACAUGGGCUUCCAGAUGCCGCACAUGGGGGGACCGCCCCCCAUGAUGAACCAGCCGCCGCAGAUCUUUGGGUCCUAUACCCCCGACGGCUUGCCCGUCCAGCACAUGCCCCCCGAUCUCGCCGCCCACAUGUUCGGUGACCCUUCGACCCUGCUUGACGAUGCGAACGAGGCAAAGAGAAGAAGAAUUGCGCGGGCUUGUGAUAUGUGUAGGAAGAAGAAGAUCAAGUGCGACGGCAAGAUGCCCGCCUGCAGCCACUGCAUAAACUACAAGACGGAUUGCGUUUUCACCCAGGUUGAGAAGAAGCGCAAUCCACCAAAGGGAGCCAAGUACAUCGAAGGCCUCGAGAAUCGUUUGGGUCGCAUGGAGAACCUGCUGAGGCUUUCCGGUCUCCUCGGUGAAGACGACGAUGGCGACACGGAUCUUGGCACACUCGAGAAGCGCCUGGCCGAGAAACAACACCAGUCGAGACAGGCCUCUCAAGUUGCGUCUAACCCGACUUCGCCGUCGCAGGCUACAUCGGGACAGAACGAGAACAUGUCCACGCCGCACAGUGCCAUUACGUCGCCCGAGCCGACCAAGGAUUCCCACAGGGAGCACAAGGACGGCGACAGGCAUCGGGCCUCGGUGUCCGAGGAGAAGGAUAAUGAGGAGGAGGUCGAGGCACUAUCCGAGCUAAUGUGCUCUCUGGUCACGAACCAAAGCGGCGAGACCCGCUACAUCGGCUCUUCCUCCGGGUUUUCCAUCUUUUCACCCAAGGGCAUUCAGUGGGUGAACGAAAAGACGGGCGACAACUCUUUUCAGCAGAUGAUUUCCGAGGUGUCGCUUGACGACCACAAGUGGACCGCCUGGAAGCCCGAGGUUUUCAGCGAUCUCUUCCGCCGUCCCAUCUUCCGACCCUUGCCUCCCAAGGCCGAGGCAUUGUCUUUGCUGAAGGACUUCUUCGAGAACUUCAAUUGCAUGUUCCCCUUGUUCCACCAGCCGACCUUUAUGCAUCUGGUUGAACGGCAGUAUUCCGACGACCCCUACGAGGGUACCGGCUGGUGGGCCAGUUUGAACUGUGCCUUGGCUUUCGCCCACCGCCUGCGCGUCAUGAGCAACCUCGUGCCACAGGAGGAGGACGAUAAAGCCUGGGGAUAUAUCAAGAAUGCUUUGGGAACGUUUGCCGAGUUGACGAUGCGCAACACAGACUUGCUGAGUGUCCAGGCCUUGCUCGGGAUGGCCCUCUUUAUGCAGGGGACCCCGAACCCGCAGCCCACGUUCCUUCUCGUCUCGACGGCCAUUCGCCUGUCCCACACGAUUGGCCUGCACAAGCGAGGAACGGGCUUCAACCUCAACCCCAUCGAGAUUGAACAGCGGAAGCGAGUUUUUUGGAUCGCGUACAUGCUGGACAAGGACAUGUGUCUUCGGGCGGGCAGGCCGCCGGCGCAAGACGACAACGACAUGAACGUGGAACUACCCGACGCCGAUCCAGAAGACAACAUCGGAAACAUUCCGUUGGCCGACGGCAAGGGCAAGAUGAACCUGUUCAGGGUCAUGUGCGAGUUUGCGACCAUCGAAAGCAAGGUGUACUCACGGCUCUACUCGACCAAGGCCACCAAGCAGUCGAGCGGAGAGCUGCUAAACACCAUCGGAGAGCUGGACAAAGAACUCGAGGACUGGAAGGACAGUAUCCCAAUCGACUUCAGACCCGAGCACGAGAUCAAGGCGUCGCACACGCCCCUGAUUUUGCACGUCGUCAUGCUUCAUCUGACCUACUACAACUGCCUGACGACAAUCCACCGUAUGUCGGUACAUCACGGCUACUGGACAAGUCGACUGUCCAAUUAUGCCAUCCAGGGGCUCAACGCCAAACCCUUGAAUCCGCGUGUCUUCGCCUCUGCGGCUCUUUGUACCGCCGCUGCGAGGGCUUCGAUCUCGCUUCUGAAGUACAUGCCGCAAGGGGACUCUCCGAGUGUUUGGCUCAUUAUAUACUUCCCGGUGUCGGCAUUGAUGACGCUUUUUGGAAACAUUUUACAAAACCCCAUGGAUCCGAGGGCCAAAUCGGACACGAGGCUGAUGAACUUGGUCGUCAAUUUCCUGUCCAUGUUGGGGCAAGAGGCCGAGACUGGCGGUGUCCACCGCAUGCUGGGUGUCUGCUCCGAGUUUGAGAGGAUAGCAAAGCUCGUCAUCGAGAAGGCGGAAAAGGAGCAGUCCUCACGCAGGAAACGAAAGAGCGACGCCGCUCCAAAGUCGACGUCGAGCCCCGCCGCAUCCAGUCACACGCCUCGACCGAUGUCUGUGACGACGCCGACCCCUCACAGCAUGCACGCGACGGCGACACCUUCCACCACGAAUGGCCAGCUGUCGCCCGACUUUAACGGCGAGGCCAACCGCCGGAGGCAUGCCUUCAGCCCCAUGCAGACGACUUCGAUGCGAGAGCCAUCGCCGGCUCUGCCAUCCGCUGGCUGGCCGCAAGAGUUCAAUAUCCCGGACCAGACGAACUUUGGCAACUUUGCAGAGAUGACAGGGUUCGGCGGGCCCCAGAACCCGCGGUCGCCGGCGGUAAAUCUAGGUGCUCCUUUCCAGCAGCCCCUCUUGCCUCAAGACUUGUUCUCACUCCCCAUGACGCUGGACUGGGACUGGGCCGAGAUGAGCGGCGGCGCCUACCCGACUGUGGAGAAUGGCAACGUGGGUUGA